AUGGGGCCCACAUUCCACACCUGGCUUCCGGUCGCGCUCUCCCUCGUGCCUACCGACACCCUCCCCGCCGACGUGGACGUCUCGAGCAUCGUCGACCUCGGCGCGACCACCGCGCGGCUCACGUCGGAGGUCGAGAGCGUGGUGGACACCUCCACGUACAGUGUACCUGUCCGCCCUGGACACGCGCAUAAAGACGACCCCGUUCCUCCCUUUCCCCCUUCCACUUUCCUCCUGCGUCACAUCAAGACGUUCCGGUACACGCCCUUCACGUAUCGCGAGGGCCGCGAGCCCAUCAGUGCCUCCGUCACAGCCCUCCAUCUCCCCCUCGAGAACGCGCCGUUGCACGAGAUGUCUCUCAUCGACUGGCCGCGCCUCCACGAGCUCGUCUUCGAGGGCGAACACCCCGCGUGCAUGCCCCUCCUCUGCCAUCUCCGCUUCCAUGUUGCAGACGUAUUCGACCACCCAAUAAACACGGCGUUAUUGCGGAUAGAGCCCCCUCCCCCAGUCUGGCCCGUCUUCUUCCCGUCGAUGGAGCUUGCACCACUUCAGGCGCUUGAGGCGCUCACGUCCAACCUGACGCAAUCCGGCCUCACUGGCGUGCCCGGCUCAUCCCAUCCUGGACCAUACGCCGCAUCGUUGGUUGUGCCGGGGCUCUUGCACUUGACCGUCCUCGAGAUCGAGUAUGCCGCCGAUGACGACGAACAAGAUCUGCUCAAGGCUGUGACGACGACGUUUCCGGCGCUGCAGAACCUCACGCUCAUCAUCUUUGGCCACACGUUCGAACGCUCUUCCUCCACGGGCCUUUCCGUAGACCAUGAGCGGCGCGUGGCGGACUUUCUGGCUAUCACUCUGCGGUCAAUGCCUCGGUUGAACGCAGUCAUCGUCGACAUUCCCAACAUAUUUCCUAAGGGAAUGGACGGUGAGAAGAUCGGAGUUCCUCCGAGAGUCAUCGAAUCCAUCCUGCGUAUCCCCCAGCUCCGCCAUUUCGAGGUCAUUGGCUCUCUUUAUCAUCCCUACGACCCCCCGUAUUGGGGCUGUCCGACGAUCAUCGCCACGUUAACCACGUUCAAAUCUAAGCCACUUCCUCUACGCCAAGACUCCAGGAGCAAUGAACGUGAGGCAACUCUACUGCGACUGCUCGUCCCUCAACUGCGUUCGCGUAUCCGCGUCCUUCAUCUCCCCAUGGAAGCCGUUCCCUUCUCCGAACUGUCGCAACACAAUUGGCCAUGUCUACGCGAGCUCGUCAUCGAAGGAAUGUUUCCUGAGAUCGCUGCGAACACGCUGUCGGUGUAUGCCCCAGCCAUCUCCAUUUCCGAUCCUCCCCACUCCCGCGUUCAAGACCCCUGCUACGUCGCACGCCGAUACUCCCCAUCUUCGCCGCCGACAGCGUCUCGGUGUGUCCGAGAUCGCCACAAUCCGUCAAGAGUCGGCAAGAAGGCGCAGGGUGCCAUCAUCGCUGGUCCGAGAUGGUUCGAGGAGGCGCAGAAGGACGCCCUCGAGAAGGCCGCCUCCGACGCGGGCCUUGUCGUCCUCCAGCUGCUGGAGGAAGCGGGCGCGGCAGACGUCACUACCACCAGCAGCACACCGACCGCAGAUCUCAGCGCAGACCGCACCCAGCUUGUCGGUCUUGCGUUCCCUCUCGCUACGCUGCGCGACGACACCAUCGGCGGCGAAGAGAUCGACAACAAGCUGAUCGAGAACUUCGCAAAGGAGUUCACGAAGAAAACCAAGACAACGCUGGCCGUCUGCCCCGCGUCGGACGCGCAGGAGAAGCGCGCACCGGAGGCCAAGCUCCGCCUCGCACUCGAGCACACCAAGCGCACGAUCUCCGCAUCCCCGGGCGCCGCGACGUGCUCCGUCGAGUCCCUCAAGGACGGCCUCUACUUCACCGGCACGAUCACCCGCCUCCGCUUCGACAUGGAGGUCCGCACGAUCUACGACCGGGUGUACGCGAAGGUCAAGGAGCUCGUCGCCACUGGGCUCGAUCUGUACGACGUCGAUGAGGUUGUGUGCGUCGGCGGUUCCGCGAGCCUCCCCGGGCUCGAUGAGGUGAUCGUGGCGGAACUCCAGGAGGCGGUCGUCGCCCCGUUCACGCAGGGCACGGUGGUCGAGGGCGGUGUCGGCGACCCGAUGACGAUCCUCGCGUGUGGCCGUGCUAACGUAGAUGCGCCGGUCCGCGAGGCGCAGUUCGCAUCGAGGUAUUACAACUGA